AUGUCAAAACCACGCAAGGAUAUAUUGCAGGAUUCCUUAGAGGCAGCUUUGCACAACUCAUUUCUGGAUGCCGAAGCACAUGAGGGGCUAGUCUCUGCAACAACACGAUACUUUGGACUAAGCGAUCAUAGUGGAGUGCAAAAGCUCUUGGAAGACGUCUCCGCAGUUCUAUGGGGAGUCAUGCGCGCUCAAGUUGAUGACUGGACAUCUGAACGUGGGCUAGGUGAGAUUUUGAAAGUAGUCGACGAGCAGUGCCUUCGAACGAUCCCUCAAGCACUUGCGAACGGAACCCCUACGGCGUUGGCUGAACCGUCCUUGAGCAUGCCCAGUUCGUCAUACGGUGAGGUUCGGUACUCUUGCAAGCGGCAGCAGUUGGAAGUAUUGCGGAAAGACCUCGCCUCUCGGACUCUUGACAUGGAAGAGAUUAAAGAGCAGCUUGCCGCAGAGGCAGAAAGAGCUGCAAUUCUCAGCCAAAAGGUUGCGACUUUUGGGGAGAAAGGCCUUCCGGCGAUCUGAGAUCAAUCUCGCAGACGUCACCCAGUUAGAAUUGUUGUAGUCCAAGGCGACAAACCGCUAGGGUGCUGCAUUUCGCGGUUUGUAUCGAUAGGACCAAAGAACGACGUCAGGCUUUUGUUUGACUGGUGCGGGAAGCGUGUUCGAGCACACACGUUUUCGGCGGAUAUUACGACUUAGCAGUCUGUACUCCAAAUCAAUACAAACGGAUUCUCUGGCACUGAAGCAACAACGUUUGGGCACGCUGAUUGCUGCCAUCGCUGUGUUGCUUUUCGGCUUGUUGGCUCUGUGAUCAGCUCUUAGACAUUCACGAUAACCGACAUGUAUUGUCGACUUGGCUAUCCACCUCCGUUUCCCGACUCGAUGCUCUAAGCACUCACCGAAUUCAAAUUUCGGUGGGGUUUUUUCGCAAAGCGCCACGUAAGCUUCGAGAGAAGGGAGAGUCCGGAGUGCUCCAUGUCAUUGCUACUUAAAGGCAUAAUGCGGAUGAACAUUAAAUUGAGUUUCUGUUA